AUGGCUGUUCUGGGGCGUGCGAGCGGCACAGGUCUUCCGAAUCAGGACUUAUACUUAUCUCAGGACGUUGUCGUUCGUCGGCACGCCGUAACCCAAUGUCCAAAUUUCCUCAAGGCAUCCCACCCGGUCUUUAAGUGUAUACUGGUCGACAUGCAAAUUGCAGUUGAGUAUGACAAAUUUCUAGGCAUCUUCAAUGACGUCCUCACAAACAUCGAUUACACCACCGAGUGCCCUUUGACAGACGGCACUCAGAAGGAUGAUGGGAUGUCUCGGUCCGUGUUCAGCCGAUUGCAACCUCCAAGGAAGAGCCUCUGCCUAGCGCCGCGACAGUAUUCACCGAUAGAAUGCCACCCGUUGACAAAAUGGUCGGCCCACAAUGCUUCAAGGAGGGCUGGCUGGGCCUGA